AUGAUAUGGUCUAAAGAAGAUCGAUAUCAUCUCUUACUGAACAAAAAAUAUCAAAUUCAAGAACCUGUUUUUUUAUUACGAAAACGAGGUGAAGCUCACGAUCAUCUGAGACGUCAAAGUUAUGCGCCUAAAAACGAUGAUCAAAUUAAAAGAAAUAUGGCGUUCUCAAAAAUUCAAGGCUUAAAUGUGGAGACUUUUGCAAAUAAUAGACCAAAGAAAUGUGCUUUCUGUGCCGAAUCACAUGGAAACGAUAAAUGCGAAAGAGUUAAAACAUAUAGUGAGAGUAUCGGAAAGAUGACAGGAGUUUUAAAUCUUAAGCGGAGAAAUAUACAACGAACCAAUCAAAAUGGUUGCCAAAAUGUUUCCACUGUCAUGGAUGAUGUUUAUGUAAAAAAAGAAAAGUACACUUAA